AAGAGGAUGAACAAAUGUAGAUUUAAGUAUUGCAAAGGGGACAACCAAAGCUAGCUAUUGCAUCUCUGUACACCCCAGACCAGUUACUCAUGGCGCUACCUUGUGGUAACAGGAGGAGGUGGUCAAGGGCAAUAAAGAUGACCUUGUGCGUGUGCUUUCUCAUACCAAUGGCAGCUGGGAUUAGAAACACUAAUACCAGCUUUGGUCAGAAACAAAAACUCGAUGUUCAACAGCAGUUGAAAUUCCUCAACAAGCCUGCUCUUAAAUCCAUCAAGAGUCCGGAUGGAGAUAUAAUUGAUUGCAUACAUAUCAACAAACAGCCAGCUUUUGAUCAUCCUUUUUUAAAAAAUCAUACAAUUCAGAUGAGACCAAGUUUUCACCCAGAAGGGCUUUCAUUUGAUGAGAGCAAGGACGUCUCUUCAAAGUCCGAGUCCAAAAUUACUCAGCUAUGGCACUUGAAUGGAAGGUGCCCAGAAGGAACCAUACCCAUCAAAAGAACUAAAGAAGAAGAUUUAUUAAGGGCAAGCUCUGUAGCAACUUAUGGAAGGAAAAAACACCCUCAGUUUAACACUAAAGUCACCGUUAAAGGUGAUGGCCGUGAGCAUGCAUUAGUUUAUGUGGAAGGAGGUAAGUAUCGUGGAGCUAAGGCAACCAUAAACGCAUGGAAACCCGAAGUCCAGCAACUUGACGAGUUCAGCUCGUCUCAAAUCUUGAUCCUAGGUGAUGUUUCUGGUGUAGGUAUUAAUGCCAUUGAAGCUGGCUGGCAGGUCAACUAUGAACUAUAUGGAGAUACCAACACUAGACUCUACAUUUUUUGGACUAAUACUAAUGCAAAUCAAGCCACCGGUUGCUACAAUCUGUUGUGCUCUGGCUUUGUUCAAACCAACAACCGAAUUGGGCUGGGUGGAACCAUUGUGCCUCUUUCCGACUAUGCUGGUUCCCAAUAUGAACUCAAGUUCCUAGUCUGGAAGGACCCAAAAGGAGGAGAUUGGUGGCUGCAAGUUGGGGAUAAAUAUCUAUUGGGAUAUUGGCCAGCCUCCCUAUUCUCGUCCCUGUUUGACAGCGCUUCGGAAAUCCAUUGGGGAGGAGAGGUGAUAAACUCGCAGCAAGGUGGUGAGCACACCUCAACACAAAUGGGAAGUGGUCAUUUCCCUGAUGAAGGGUACAGCAGGGCUAGUUUUUUCAAAAAUUUCCAAUUUGUUGAUAGUUCAAACAUUCUCAGGGUUCCCAAAAAUAGUUCCACUUUGGUUGAGAAACCCAAUUGCUAUAAUGUCAUAAAUUUGGGAAGCCUCUUUUAUUAUGGUGGACCUGGUAGAUCUACCACGACCCCCAAUUGUCUAUGAUCAUUUCCUUCCUCUUCAUGUCACACCAAA